AUGAGGAGCAGAAGAGAACUCAUAACCUCGCCCAAGAAUGGAUUCGAGACCUACGAGAUUUUUGACUCCGUCGAGCCAAAGAACAGCAUUUUAGAUCGGUUCAGCUCAGGUCAUAUAAGGCCAAAUCAGAUCAGAUCCGUUAGAUCUGAUAGAUCUGAAGUUCAGAUCAUUUUAGAUCACUUCAGAUCACUUUGGAUCAGUUCAGAUCACUUUAGAUUACUUCAGGUCACUUCAGAUCACUUUGGAUCAGUUAAGAUCACUUCAGAUCAGUUCAGAUCAGAUCAGAUCACUUUGGAUCACUUCAUAUCAGUUCAUAUCACAUCACGUCAGAUCAGGUCAGGUGCGAUCGGCUGUGAAUCGGAUGCCGAGGCAAGUGUGACGAGCCUCGAGUCAACCAGACUGGGCCAAACAAUUGGGGACGAGUUGUGCAACAACAAGCGACCAGCUGGCGAUUCAUCAUACCGACUGACCGACGGAUUGUGUCACGCAAAGUGUGAAAUGAUGCAGCUCAACACUGAGUUUAUUCCUGCCCAUCUCAAUGGGCCAUACUCGUCUGUCCUUUUCACAUGA